AUGGCUGAUACACCAGCAAAACGAUGGGAACCAAAAGUCAAAAUUAAUACUCAUGAGGAUCAUACAAAUUUUGAAUAUGGGUUAAAUGUUCCUUUAGAAUAUUACGAUCAAAAUCUCUCUACAAAUGUUACAACACAUUAUUCACCCACUGCAGAUCUUGCUUUAACAUUCCGACUUCCAUCAUGGAGUACUUCUGUAGCUUCAGAUGGAUCUCAAGUUCGUCGCUUGAAUGGAAAUGGUGAUAUAACAUCUGAUGAUGUUGUUACUGGAAGUAUGGCUUUAUAUGAUUCGAAUAGUGAUGAUAUCAUACUCCCACAACGUGAAACCGGAAAAUAUAUAACUAAUGAGAAUAAGGACUUUCGGCGAGCUGAAUUGAAGUUGGACAUUCAUGGACUUCAGAAACCUAUUAUGUCUCCACCACCAGGGUUAGAAGGAUAUCGUAGUCCUACUUCACCAAGAAAUGGUAGCAUACUUACAUCACCACCGCCCAAUACAGAUCACAUUGAACAGUAUUUUAAUCCCACAUUGGUAGGUCUCGCUUCUCCUACUUUAACUGGAGCAAAUCAACCCAUUUUACUUGGAAACGUUAGAGAUGACUUAUCAGGAAAUGGUACAAACAAUCAAUCAAUUGCAGAUUUAACACAUUCUUUGACUAAUAUUAAUUUGACAAACUCUAAUGGCAGUGUUGUUUCUGAAAUAAAUAAUGUUACAUCAACUGACCUUUCAGCAACUCAAAAACAACCAACAAAAUUAAGUUGGGCGGCGAUUGCAAAAACUGCACCGAAACCUUCUCCAAUUAACACUUCUCCAGAGGUGCUUGGAACAGUACCAGGGGCUUAUAGUGCAGCAAUUUCACCUUCUUCUGCAGUUUCACCUACAUCAGCAACAGCUGCAACAUAUGCAACCAGACCAGUGUCUGCACCUACUGGUGCUUGGGUUGGUAAGGCUAAGAUUGUAGGUACACCUACAAGUAAUGGAAUAAAUAAUCUUUUUGGUACGCCUAAUUCAAAUCUUACCACGCCUACUGGAGUUGGACAAAUGUCUAUUCCAACAACACCAAUUGUAUCAAAGAAAGAUAUGACAUCAUGGAUUGCAGCUAAAGGUUAUAAUCCCAAGAAUUUCAACUGUAAACCCACACAUGCAAGGUAUUUUGUUAUCAAGUCUUACACUGAAGAUGAUGUUCACAAAUCUUUAAAGUAUGACAUUUGGGCCAGUACUGAAAUUGGUAAUCGUCGUUUGGAUAAAGCAUUCCGUGAAAGUGCAGAUAAAGGUCCGAUAUAUUUAUUUUUUAGUGUUAAUGCUAGUGGACAUUUCUGUGGAAUGGCACAAAUGCUUACACCUGUUGAUUAUACUACUAGUAGCAGUGUUUGGGCCCAAGAUAAAUGGAAAGGCGUUUUUAAUGUAAAAUGGAUUUUUGUAAAAGACAUUCCUAACGGACAAUUAAGGCAUAUUAGAGUGGUGAAUAAUGAGAAUAAACCUGUUACAAAUAGUCGCGAUACUCAAGAGCUUUAUACUGAGCCAGGUCGUGAAAUGCUUAAAAUCUUUUAUGAGUAUCGGAGCAAGACUUCUAUACUGGAUGAUUUUGAGUUUUAUGAUAAACGACAAGUUGAAAUGCGAAAAGAUGGUAUUGCACCGUUAAUAGGACCUACAAGUCCUGGAAUAGUAAACACAAAUCCAUAUGCCAACACAAUAACAUUAUCAGGGGGUAACGCAAAUACAAACAUUUCUAAUUUAGGUGGUAGUAAUGGUAUUGGUAGUAAUGGGAGUCAGAAUGAUGAAUCUGAUAAUUAG